AUGGCGAAUUGGUCCGAACUUCCAUACGAUCUACUUGUUACGAUCACGAAGCUCAUUACAGAGAUAGAGGAUUUCGUUAUAUUUGGUGCUGUUUGUAAAUCAUGGCAAACUGCUACUACCAAAGAAAAUUUUGAUGCGUCAUCUUCCCAAAUUCCAUUACUUAUGUUGGCACCUAAGGACUUAGAUGGUGAUUAUCGAUAUUUUUACUCUCUUACCAAGAAGAAAUUUUCACGAGUAUUUCUUCCCGAAGCUAGAGGGAAAGUACGUUUUUCAACUCAAGAAUGGCUUUGCGUUUUAACAUAUAGGAUAGCAUUGUUGCACCCUUUCUCACGGGCCCAAAUCCAGCUUCCUCCAAUACGUGAAAAUAACAAUUAUGUGGUGAUUGACAAAGUUGUGUUAUCUGCUAACCCUUCCUUAACAUCCGAUUAUGUUGUGAUGAGUUGGCAUUAUAAUAAGCAUGGACAUUAUUUGGCUUUUUGGCGACCUGGAGAUCUCUUAUGGAACAAAAUUGAUAUUGAAGGAUGUGUUGAAUUCCAGAUUAUGCACUACUUAAAAGGACAAUUUUAUAUGAUCACACUUGAUGGAGUUUGGGUUAUUGAUGUUGCUAUGCCUAAGCAUAGUAAUCAAGAACCCCACUUGGUUGUUAAGUUAAAUUUUAGUCCACAUUUACCACCGUAUAAAAAUCAGUUAUAUCUAGUUGAAGUAUCAGGUGCACUGUUACUUGUUGCACAAUAUUCUACGAACCAUAAACUAUAUGGAACUGAUUCAGGAGAUAUAACGUAUUCAUUUCAAGUAUGGGAAGAAGAUGUAAUCAAGGGAGAAGCAAAAUGGAUUAAACACUUGGGAGAUGGAGCAUUAUUUAUGAGGUGUAAUGCUUCAACUUCGAUUGACCCUUCAAAGUUUGUACAAUCAUGUCAAGUACUCGACAAUGUGAGAAGGAACUGUAUCAAUCAGUUUUGGCAUAUUCCAUAA